AGCAGCAGCAGCAGCAGCAGCAGCAUCCAGCUAACCUCCGUAUCUGCUCCAUCUUUCCACUGAGCAUCCUCCACCAAACUACGAGAUAAAAGAUAAGAUGGCCACCUCCUCCUCCACUCUGGAAGAAGACGAGAGUUUGAAGGGCUGUGAAAUUUUUGUGCAGAAGCACAACAUCCAGCAGAUCCUCAAAGAGUGCAUUGUGAACCUCUGCAUCGCUAAGCCUGAGCGUCCUAUGAAGUUCCUGCGGGAGCAUUUUGAAAAGCUGGAGAAGGAAGAAUGCAAGCAGAUCAUGGCACGCCAGAAAUCUAACAGCCAGUCGGACUCACACGAUGAUGAGGUUUCUCCCCCGCCACCCAACCCUGUUGUCAAGGCCCGCCGCCGCAGAGGAGGGGUCAGCGCCGAGGUCUACACCGAGGAGGAUGCUGUCAGCUACGUACGCAAGGUGAUUCCAAAAGACUACAAGACCAUGACUGCCUUGGCCAAGGCCAUCUCCAAGAAUGUGCUAUUUGCUCACCUGGAUGACAACGAGAGAAGUGACAUAUUUGAUGCCAUGUUCCCGGUCACCCACAUUGCAGGGGAAACAGUUAUCCAGCAAGGUGAUGAGGGAGACAACUUCUAUGUGAUUGACCAAGGUGAAGUGGACGUGUAUGUGAAUGGCGAGUGGGUGACCAGCAUCGGGGAAGGAGGUAGUUUUGGAGAGCUGGCCCUGAUCUAUGGGACUCCCAGAGCUGCCACCGUCAAGGCCAAGACUGAUCUCAAACUGUGGGGCAUCGACCGAGACAGCUACCGGCGCAUCCUCAUGGGUAGCACACUGAGGAAGAGAAAGAUGUACGAGGAGUUCCUGAGCAAGGUCUCCAUCCUUGAGUCUUUGGAUAAAUGGGAGCGUCUGACGGUGGCUGAUGCUCUGGAGCCCGUUCAGUUUGAGGAUGGAGAGAAGAUCGUGGUGCAGGGGGAACCUGGGGAUGACUUCUUCAUCAUUACGGAGGGUAUCGCCUCUGUUCUGCAGCGCCGGUCUGACAACGAGGAGUACGUGGAGGUGGGACGCCUCGGACCCUCCGACUACUUUGGUGAAAUCGCGCUGCUGCUGAACCGUCCCCGGGCGGCCACCGUCGUCGCCCGCGGACCCCUCAAGUGCGUGAAGCUGGACCGGCCUCGCUUUGAGCGCGUGCUGGGGCCGUGCUCGGAGAUCCUGAAGAGGAACAUCCAGAGAUACAACAGCUUCAUCUCCCUCACCGUGUGACGGGUCGGCCCCUCCGGGCUCCACCAGCAGGUGUGCAACAUCAGCAUCAGAGUUUUGGUCGGCGGGUGGGAAGGAGUGAGGAAGCAGGGUGAAGGACAUGGGUUUUACAUCCACAGCGACGGGGGCGCUCAUUGCCUGCCUUUUUUUUUUUUUUCCAUUUUGCGCGUUUCUUUCUUUCGACCUUGUGCACUUUGACUUGAUCUGUGCUGUCACGUAGCUUUAUGUCCAAACCAACAUGCAGGGGUGUAAAAAUGUGAGCGAGGACAGAUGAUGUGAAUGAGCCAUGCGUACAGUGUGCCAACUGUAUAUGAUGCAUGCUUCAAGACUGACAAAGAGGGGUGUUUGCACUUUGAUUAAUUUAUGGAGGGUACGGAUAAAUUCAGGAAAUAAGAAGGAAGUAAAGUCAUGUUUGCGUACAGCGGGACGAAGUGAGUGCACAUUUCUUUGCUCGCUGGCUGUGGUUUGCCUUCUUUUCACUUCUGGGUGUGCGUGGUGCCAUUUCUAGGUCAAAUCGGAGACGCACGGCACAGACCUCUGUUCCCUAAAACGUAGCUGUAGAGGUAUGAAGAAAAAAAAAACAAACAAUUCUCGGCUGUUCAUUCAUUCACAGUGCUUCGUAAGUGUGCUUCUACUACUGACAUCAGUUGGGAGGGUGUUCUAUGUUGAGUUUGAUGCGAACUCUGUCGACAAAUCCAUGAAAAGACCGAAGCCAGCGACAGAUUCUUCCUGCUAAAGAGUUGCGCUGGGUUUCCUCGUGGAGCAUGUGCGGCGGCCGUCGCUUGUUUAGCAGCAGCUCCAGACUAAUAACGGCAGGAACACUCGUGUACAUUCUCUCAGCAGUUGCUGCUUUUUCUUUUCACCGUGUAUACUGAUAUCCAUUCUAUCAAUAUGCGUAUGUGAAAAGUUAGCAUGACUCGACUUUAUAACAAAGCGAAGUGUUCUUUCCUUGGUAUCGCACAACCAGUGACUGUCUGGAUCACAUGAUGUUCACCGUUUCUCCUGAAGUAGAGCUUGUUUUGAUGACAGGUUUAUUGGUUUGAGUGAUUUCUUUUAGAAAAUGAUCUGAUUGCAGCUUGUUAAAUGUAAAUAUUUUCUGGUUUCUUUACUCCUCUAUGACAGCAAACUGACCAUCUUUGGGUUGUGAAUGAACCAAGACGUUUGAGGAAAUCGUCUUUCGGAAACACUUGUCGCCAUUUUUCGCCGUUUUAUGACAACUAAUACGUUAAUCAAGAAAGUAACUGACCUUGACUAGUUGCAGUCCUAUUCUAAGGACAGUUUUCUUGAGCUGAGUAGCCGCUGUGGUGAGUGUAACACGUGAUCUAGCAGCACAGCAGCAUUUACAUUCUGCCUCUGAUGGCAUCGAUGAGCACAGUUGUAGUCGUCACUACGGGCUCUCGUAGUGUGACGUCUUUGUUGUAUUUCUACUAGACUACAGAGACGCUCGUUAGCCUGUGGAGCUUUUUCUAAAUAUGAUAUGGUGCCCACAUUUUUAGCAAUGGGGAAAUAAUUGAGCCAGUUACAGAGGUGUGGCUCAGCGGAUUUCUACGACAUGAGCUUAACGAGGCUUUUGAUACUCAGAUCCUACUCAUUAGUCGGAUCGGUCCAUUGCUGCUUUUGGUCUUUUCAUGUGAUUUGUUGGCAAUAAAAAAAAAAAAAUACAGAAAAUCAUUAAAGUUAUCCUUUAAAGAUUUUACAGUUAUGUAGCGUGUACCAGCCAAAUUUCUGAACGAGUUGCUUUCUUUUCAAUAGAGACCUUCUUUAUCCGAUAUUCCCUGCGACAGCUCAGUCUGAUCUGUGAGCUGCGGUUUUUCCAAAGGUAGUGAAAUCACUCCACUCCGCAAACACACUGACACGAAACACAUACUGUAUAUGCUUACACCGUCUCAGGACUGAACAGAUCUUCAGCACACACACACACACACACACACACACACGUCUUACCUGAUGCUUUUUUUAAGCCGAUUUUGUUCCAUGUAUAUUGCUAGAUACGAGCUUUUGCACCACUUUAGAGUUUGUAACAUUGGGUCAAUACAGCAGUUUGAUUUAGCUGUUUUUAAGACAUGAAUUCUAUGUUAUAAAUAAGAAAGAGUUAAAAAAAAAAAAAAAAAAACAACUUAUAGAAACUUGUGUUGCUUUCCUUUCAUCUAUUGUAAUCUGUCAAAGUUGCACAACUGACCCAGCGACUGAUGUUCGAUAAAUGGGACCUUUAAAGAAAAAAACUUUCUGUAUUCUCUCUCUCUGUAUCUUUUUCUUUCAACUAUCAAACCAUCUUGAGCAAAUAAAGAUAAGCUUCUGAAA